CGUCCUGCUAUUGUGUUGUAACACCUUGGAACCAUAGUCUGCAGCCCGUGCACUUCUUCAAAGCCAGACGGCUGUGGCUUUGGACAGACAGUCCCACAGAGCUGCAUGUUCACCCACUGAACAGGUAAAUGGAAAUGUAAAAGGAGAAAAAAACCGGAGAGCGAGGUAUGCGUGCAUAGGAGCUCUUGGCUGAAGGCUGGGUUUCACCACGACUCGCCUGGAGCGCGAGAGGGGGGAAAGCGUGGAGCCAAUGAGAAGGCGGGAUCCAAACCAACUCUCUAUAACUCUGUGUCGCCGGGACUGAGCGGUGCCACUACCAAGUUUUCGCAGUCGGGACAGUUUCGGUGGACUAUAGUCUUUGCGCAGCCGCGCGUCCCGAGAGCGCACAGGCGCACUUUUGCUUCGCCGCGUUUCCGCUUCUUUGCGCGCUCCGCGACAAUAGAAAUCAAUCCGUGGACGCCGUUUACUUCGGAGCGCUGCUUUCACCAUGAGCGCCGGACAGAAGAUUGCGAGCAUUUUGCCCGACCUUCCCGGAUCUAUGAGCUGCCACCCGAACGCCAAGGAUUCGCCCACGCUCCCCGAGUCCUCGGUGACGGACAUGGGCUACUACAGCGGACAGACGGCGCACGGCCACCACGAAUACUACCCCAGUCAGGCGUACGGACAGCCCAUGAACUCCUACCACCACCAGUUCAACCUGAACGGGAUGGGAGCCGCUGGAGCGUAUCCCACCAAAUCCGAAUACCCCUACACGAACACCUACAGACAGUACGGACAUUACAACAGAGAUCACCUGCAGGCGUCGCCUCCCAACUCAGUGAAAGAAGAGCCAGAGCCCGAGGUCCGCAUGGUGAAUGGAAAACCGAAAAAGAUCCGCAAACCCAGGACGAUCUACUCCAGCUACCAGCUCGCCGCGCUCCAGAGGCGCUUCCAGAAGGCGCAAUAUCUCGCUCUGCCCGAGAGAGCGGAGCUCGCUGCUCAGCUCGGCCUCACUCAGACGCAGGUGAAGAUCUGGUUCCAGAACCGGAGGUCCAAGUUCAAGAAGCUGUACAAAAACGGCGAGGUUCCCCUGGAGCACAGCCCCAACGCCAGCGACUCCAUGGCCUGCAACUCUCCGCCCUCCCCCGCCGUUUGGGAGAACAGCACCCCCCAGAACACCCCGAUCAACAGACCCCAGGUCCCACAGCCCACGCACAGCUCGUCGCCGCCAUACCUGGAGGAAUAUAACAACCCCUGGUACCAGCAGGGCUCACACCUACAGCACCCGGGCACCGUGCACCACCCGGUCCCGCAGCAAAGCGUGGGAGCUGUUUAUUAACAAUGACUCAAGAGCAAGAUUCAUGUCUUCACUUGGCUUAUUUCAAACGAGGUCCCUCCACAAAGACUCAGCAGAGCGAAGGUUGACCGAACCUGGAGCGGGCCUGAGGCGAAACCGCUUUUGAUUUUUGGAUGCUCGAGGACGUUUACCAUUCACAAAGCACAUAAGGGAUUUCUGAUCACUUGUGGCAGCAUAUUUAACGGACAUCUGGCGUGUUUCUUUUUUUUUUUUUUAAAUUAUUUAUCGCUUCUGUCGUAUUUCUCUCUUUUAUAAAUGAAUAUGCAAAGUUUUUUUAAACAUGUAGUUUAACAACAAACCGAUUAUUGACACAACUGUGCAGUUGAUCCAUGCUAUAUUCAAAUCACGCCUGUUGGUUUGAGAGUGCGGAAAAAAACUCAGGUCAUAUUUAUAUUGAUUUGUACAAAACGUGGAAGGCUGUAAAUAUGUGUUUAUAUGCAGAACCACUCUGAUCAUGAAACGGAACGACUGCACCGCGGUGCUUCCAAUCGUUUUUAUAUUCAUGUAAUUAGUUCACUUGUUGCCUUUCUGACAUUUGAAUAAAAGUGUUAAUGACA